CGACUCUUAUUUGUAUUUCUCGUCCCGACGAAGGUGUUUGAUAAAAGUCCUGGAUGUUUCUAGCUCUCCAGCAGCAAUCACAAUCCAAAUUAGCUCUUUACUCCGAAGUCCGAGCACUUGAAAAUCUUCUAAAAUGCGAAGAGCUUCCAGGAUCUUUACGCUUCCAGCUUCAAACCUCAUCGGCCAUUCUUCUUCUUCUGCUGGCGCUGUGCACAAACACUCCUUCACAACUCUGACCCUGCAACAAAAUCGCCAAAACCCACAACAGCAAUCGUUUCCGGGAGGAUUUCUGAAAUGGGGUUCGCUGGGUUUCUUCAGGGCUUCGAGUUUUGCUAAUGGGUUCAAUCCCUUGAAGGCUAAGCCGUUGGAUUCCAUUAUUGAUGUCGAGAGGGUGAAAGAUCGCUCGGCCGAGGACAUCGCUUCGGCUUGGGACGAUUUUCACCUAGGAAGAGGUCAUAUCGGUGCAUCCAUGAAUGCAAAACUAUAUCACCUGUUGGAGCAUAGAGCGGCAGAUUGCCGGUAUUUUGUCAUUCCCUUGUGGAGAGGAAAUGGUUAUACCACAAUGUUUGCUCAAGUACAGAUGCCACACAUGAUUUUCACUGGUCUUGAAGAUUACAAGGCGAGGGGAACUCAAGCUUCUCCCUACUUCGCUGUAACUUUCUACAACGAAUUUGCAGAAAGCAAGGACAUGGUGCUUAUUCGAGGGGAUGUCGUACUCCCCAGCAAACUCACUGACUCGGAGGCAAAAUGGCUUGUGGAGACCACCCAAUCAUUUUAUUUGAACGACAUGAGGUAUAAGCUGGUUGAACGGUUCAACAAACAAACACACGAUUUUGAGUUCAAGGAUGUCUUGCAAGCAUUAGAAAUGCCGAUUCUGUGAUUUCUCCUACGGAAAGAAAUUUGUCUUACUAGCAGUGAUAGAAGGAGCUUUGUCAAUAAAGGAGGAUUAAUUUGAUUUUUGCAAAAGGGUGUUGUACUUGUGAGAAAUCCCCAUAGGGGAUACCAUGUUUCAUACUGAUUUGUGCCUUGAAUUUUGUGAGAAUUGUUUUAACAAAGCCUAGUAUUGAAGUUCA